AAAGAAGAAUCUCAAAAAGAAUUUGAAGAAUCUAAUAGUAUAAAGAAUGAUGGGAAAAAUUCAAGUGAGAAAAAAAACAAUAUGAAAGAAAUUUAUGAAAAGAUGAAAAAAAUAUUAGAAAAAUUGCAGAAAGAAAUAGAACAGUUAGAAUUUUCAUUAAAAAAUAUAAAUGAAAAAAAAAUAGAAUAUAAGAAAGAAUUAUUAUACUAUUAUGUUGAUCAAAUUAGUGAUAAUAAAGAAAAGUCCGAAGAAGAAAUAACAAUUAUUGAUAGAUUCGAUAAAAAAAUUAAUCAAUUGAAGGAAAAAACAGUCGAUGCUUCAUAUGAGGAAUUAGAAAAGUUUAAUUGUGAAAGUUAUGUUAGUAAAGCUAAAAAAAGUCAACAAAAAAUAAACGAAUUGAUACAAGAAGUGGAUGUAUUAAAAGAAGAAGCAACGAGAGCUACAAUGGAAAACGAAGUUGAUAGUAUCCAAAUAAAAGUUAGUGAAAAAUUAAUAGAUGCUAUAAAAGAAAAGAGUAUCAUAGAUAAUGCAUCAAAUGAAAUUCAAAGUAUAGAGAAAUUGUUAAUGCUGCACAAUUUUAGUAGUAUUAUGGAUAAUGUGAGAAGAAAUUUUCAAAAAGCUAAAGAAGAGGAAGAAAUUAUAAAAGAAAAAUUUGCAGAAUCGGAAAAAAUAAAAAAAGAAAUAUUAGUUGAUUUUCAAAAGGCAGAGGAAUUAAGAGAUUCACUUAUAGAAAAGUUAGAUGAGAAUUCUAUUAAUACACAUAUAGAAGAAAUUAGAUCAAUUAAUGAUAUCUUUGCAACUAAAAUUGUAAGUGUAAAUGAGCUUUUGACGAUAGCUGAACAAUAUAAUGGAAAUUGUAAAUUAUAUCAUCAUAGCAUAGAAAGGGGAAAACAUAAAAUAGAAUAUUUAAAAAUUCAUGAUUAUAAUGAAGAAAAAAAAAUAACAGACGACGUAAUAGAGGAGAUAAAUAGAUAUGUGAAAGAAUCUGGAAAUUACUCCAACGAGGCAGAUAAAUUUGCAAUAGAAGCUAGAAAAAAUUAUGAAUUGUCUUGUAUAUAUAAAGAAAAGAUGAGUGACCUUUUAGACGAGUCUUUGUUGUUAGGAGAAAAAAUAAAAGUUGAAAUAAAAAAGAAUGACGUAACAGAUAUGUUAAUAGAGAUUAAGGAUGGUUAUUAUGAUAUUAAAAAUAUAUUAGAAAAAUUAGUGCGAAAAUUAAAUAAAUUAAAAGAGAAAGAUGUGAGUAUAAAAGAACAAGAUAAAGAAAUGGCAGAAAACAAAAAGUCAAUGGAUGCAUUUGGUUUAAUUACAGUUAUAAAAAAAAAUUCGGAUAAUUUUCUAGCAGAAAUAGAAACAUUAAAGCAAAAGGCAUCAAAUAUUUUAGAUAAUUCUGAAAGUGCAUUUGAAUCCACUUCAACAAAGAAUGAAACAAAUGAAGAAGAUAUCUCUAAUAAACUAAAAAUUAUGGAAGACAAUUUGAAAAACGUUUUAGAAGCUUUAAAAAAAAUGGAAAGUAAUAAACAAAUUUUAUGCACUGAAUCAAGUAGAAUAAAAGAAAUAGAAAAUAGAGUUAAUAGUAUGGAGAGUGAAAUCGAAAUAUAUGAGAAAUCUUAUGAAGAAGGAAUUUUGGAAGAGAUAAAAAGAUUAGCUGAUAAAGAAAAGGCAAGCUUUGAACUUUUAAUAAAAUCAAUAAAAUUAAAAAUUGACAAUACUAUCACUAUUUUAGAGGAAUUAAAUUUAGAACACAAUAAUAUUGCACACAAAUUUGAAGAUACCAAAAUAAAAUUAAAUGAAAUAUUUGAUAUAUUUGACAAAUCCUAUAAAAAUAUAGAAAGAUUUGCAUCACACAUUUCAGAAUCUACUACAACAUAUAUUGAUAUAAAAGAGAAGAGAGAAAAAGCCAAAAUAGAAAAAGAAAAUAUUGAGAAGCAAAAAGAAGAAAUGGAAAAAUUGAUAAAUAUUAUAAAUAAU